AUGCCUCUUCCAUUUCUACGAUUUUACCAAUGUGCUGUGAUAUUUCUUCUUCUGACAUCAUCUUUAAUCUUUGCUGAUGGCGGAAAGAUCCUAGUGAUACCUCAGGAUGGAAGUCACUGGCUCAGCAUGCGCCCGUUAGUCGAAAAACUUCAGCAAAAUGGACAUGAAGCUGUUGUGUUAGUACCAUCAACAAGUUUGUAUAUGAAGCAAGAGCAUCAGAAUUAUACAGUGAAAGUGUAUCCAAUACCUUAUGCUCAUGAACACUUAACUCUUACACUCAAGUCAUUUAUUAAUGACCAUUUUAUCGAACAAUCUGUUUUGAAUAUUAUUAUUACAAUGUAUCAAAGCAUGUUAAAAAUUUUCAUGUUCUUUUUUACCAAUUGUAAGAGCCUUUUACACAACAAAGACUUGAUGCAGGAGUUGAGAGAGAGCAAAUUUGAUGUGGUUCUUACAGAUCCAGUUCUGAUAUGUGGACCGAUAAUUGCUGAGUAUCUUUCAGUUCCUUCUGUCUACUUCCUGAGGGGUUUUCCCUGUGGGAUGGAUUUUGAAGCGACCCAGUGUCCAAAUCCUCCUUCCUAUGUCCCUAGAUUAUUCCUGAAUAAUUCAGAUCGCAUGACAUUUGUUCAACGUUUGAAGAACUUGCUGGUCAGGAUACUGGAGCUUAUUUACUGUCAGCCUCUAUUUAGACCUUUUGAAGAACUUGCACGUGAGAUUCUUCAGCAGAAAGUGACUGCAACAGACCUUCUAAGCCGUGCAUCUGUUUGGCUAAUACGGUAUGAUUUUGCACUUGAGUUCCCAAGGCCAGUGAUGCCAAACAUGGUUUUUAUUGGAGGGAUAAACUGUGGUCAGAAGAAAAAACUGUCUCAGGUAUGA